UCAUAAAUCGAAGAUGGGAAUUUCUUUUUACAAAAAUGUUGUAAAUGCCACAGUUUCCUGGUGCCGGAAGUUGUCUUAGCAUGUGGGGAAAACCAAACACCAAUGAGCUUUAAAAGCAAAUGCUUUUCAUUUGCUGAUCAAACAGCGUAUAAAUGAGGUUAUGAAGUAAGAUCUGUUACCCAUGUUUAAGAAGAACAUGGAAAUAGUUGUGUUUUUGUUUCCUCAACUAAACUUCUCUGCCCCUAAAGAGGAAGCGUAUUUCAAAAUGCUCAGUCCAGCUGAUUUGCAAGUCGAGAGAAAGAAAGAAACCAAAUCAAGAGUUAAAGAAAAAGAAAAAAAGACCAGGCUAAGCCUCCUACUGACCAAGUCAGGAUCACAUGAAAAUGUCAACCCAGACACCAAGAAGACAACAAAAAGUGCAUGUGUCACACCAGAAGAAGCUUUGAAAUGGAGUGAUUCUUUUGAGGAACUACUAAAUCAAAAAGAUGGAAUGGAAACAUUCACCAAGUUCUUGAAGACAGAAUUCAGUGAGGAGAACAUUGAAUUCUGGUUGGCCUGUGAGGAUUACAAGAAGACUAAGUCAACCAGUAAGCUAGCCUCCAAAGCUAAACAGAUAUAUGCAGUGUACAUCGAGUCAGAGGCCCCUAAAGAGAUUAACAUUGACUUUUCUACAAAGACAACGAUUAAACAGAAUAUCCUAAAUCCCACACGCUCUUGCUUUGACUCGGCACAAAGCAAAGUCUACAGUUUAAUGAAAAAGGACUGUUAUCCCAGAUUUCUCCACUCAGAUAUCUAUUUAAACCUCACUAAGACAAAACCACCCACUGGCAACAUGUUUAGAAGAAGAUCUCGGUCAUGUGUUUUCAAUGACCGUGGGGAAGCUGAAACAGAGAUGGCCAUCUGGCUGUAGUGUAUUAGUGUGUUGUGCUAUUAGCAGCUUUUUUCUAGACUUCAUUUGUACAAUGUUAAUGCAUAUGUUUUGACAUAAAAGUUUAAUUUUCACCUAUUUAUUAAUGUUCUGCGCAUAAUAUGCAAAUUAUGUUUAUUGCCCAAACCUAAUUUAUUGCUUUUAAUAACUAACGUCUGUAACAGCUAGUGAUUUUAAGAUUCAUCAUGUGUUUUUAACUGUAGUUGUAAAAUUAUUUUGUUUACAUUACAUAUACUUGUAAAUUGUAGAUAAAAUCAAUGUUGUGUAAAUUAAAAUUUCCCUUAAAAAUAAUGCAUUGUUCCCAAAUGUUCACAUAUCUUUCUCAGAUGUGCAUAAUAAAGCUAUACAGCUUUUCAUUCUG